CCCCGCUGGGCGCGCCGGGAGCAGCGGGCUCGGCCUGCCUGGGGCACGGCACGGCACGGCACGGCACGGCACGGCUCGGCACGGCGCGGCACGGCUCGGCACGGCGCGAUGGUCCGGCGGGCAGCCCGGGCACGGCAAUCCUGAGUGGUGCACGUCUUGACAAGGUCUCCCGGCAACGUUUUCUGCAGGGCUGGAUGGCAGCAGAGGCUGCCAGGUGAAUCCAUGAGCCUGUGAGCAGGCGAGGUCAGGAGGCGCCAUGGGUCAGAAGGUCACGGGCGGGAUAAAGACCGUGGACAUGAGGGACCCUGUGUACAGGCCACUGAAACAGGAGCUCCAGGGGCUGGACUACAGCAAGCCCACGCGGCUGGACCUGCUGCUGGACAUGCCCCCGGUGCCGCAUGAGGUGCAGCUGCUGCACUCGUGGAACAACGACGACCGCUCGCUGAACGUGUUCGUGAAGGAGGACGACAAACUCAUCUUCCACCGGCACCCGGUGGCGCAGAGCACCGACGCCAUCCGCGGCAAGGUGGGCUACACGCGGGGGCUGCACGUGUGGCAGAUCACCUGGGCCAUGCGCCAGCGCGGCACCCACGCCGUGGUGGGGGUGGCCACGGCCGAGGCCCCCCUGCACUCCGUGGGGUACACCACGCUCGUGGGGAACAACCACGAGUCCUGGGGCUGGGACCUGGGCCGCAACAGACUCUACCACGACGGCAAGAACCAGCCCAGCAAAACCUACCCCGCCUUCCUGGAGCCGGACGAGACUUUCAUCGUGCCCGACUCCUUCCUGGUGGUGCUGGACAUGGACGAUGGCACGCUGAGCUUCAUCGUGGACGGGCAGUACAUGGGGGUCGCCUUCCGCGGGCUCAAGGGGAAGAAGCUCUACCCGGUGGUGAGCGCGGUGUGGGGCCACUGUGAAAUCCGGAUGUGCUACUUGAACGGACUGGACCCUGAACCACUGCCUCUGAUGGACUUGUGCCGGCGAGCCGUGAGGCUUGCCCUGGGCAAGGACAGACUGACUGAGAUCCCCACCCUGCCCCUGCCAGCCUCCCUCAAGAGUUACCUGCUCUACCAAUGACCCUGGAGCUGCAGGACAGAGUGGAGCCCGGCCACGGAUGGGAGCGGCGCGCUGGGCUCUCCACGCCGCUGCUGGAGCCAAAGGAUUCCUGCCCCUGCUUCAGCCCCCGGGCCCAGCCUGGCCUAGCAGUCCUGGUUCCACAGCUGAGUGCUUCGUUCCUUGAAGUCACUUCCCCAGCACACGUACAACAGGAACAUCUACAGAGGCUCUGUGCUUCCCUGCCCCUCCUGAGAAAAGGCUGUGCUGCCUCCUCUGCGUUCAAGGGCCUCGGAGGGAAUUUUUCUACCAGCUAAAGGGAAGGAUGACAAUAAAAGAAUAAUAACAAGAAGUAAAGAGUAAAAGUAAGAAUAAAAACAUAAUUUGGGGGAAAAGAAGGCAUUAGGAAUAGGAAUGUUAAGACCAGGUGCUAAGAAUGGAAAGGCUCAGGAUGGCCAGCAGAGUUGGAAAGAGUCUGGAAUACCAUAAAGAAUCAAAUCGAUGAGUUUUUAAAAGCCAAAAAAUAAGUACAACCCCAAGCCCUGAAACACCAAAACCAAGAGCCCUUCCACCAGGACACCUCUUAAUCUGGAGAAGGUGGUUGUGGUGCUGAUGUCUGUGCUGGGACUUCUCACCUUGCUCUGUUGCUGUUUCACAGGUUGUGACUCCUGCUCUCUUGUUUAUCACCCUUGCUUCUCCUGCUCCAUCCCCUGCUCUGCCUCCUCCUAGUGGGUUUGGCUGAGCUGAUUUUGCAGUCAGGCUGUCUUCCCAAGCUCCUUCCUGACUGAGAGCUGCAGCUUCUGCUCUGGGUUCCCUGGUGUGGGAGCAGGGAGGGACCUGUGCAGUAGGGUGGGACCAUCUCUGUCCCCUUUGUCACACAGCUGCAGGUCCUGUCCCCUGAGCUCUGCCCUGCUCCAUGCUGAGGCUUUAGGGAAACCUUCAUGUUCCUCUGGUGGCUCUGCUGGGGAAUUCUCUCCUUGGAUAAGCUGCUUAAAUCCAUCCACACCAGGCUUUGUUCUGUCACAGACCAGCUAAAUCUCCACUUAACUCUGCAGCAGGAAUGGGCUGGGAGCUGUCCCAGAGCAGUGGCCAGGGUGGCUGCAGAAGUGCCCUCAGCAGCUGAGCCCAGGAGGGGAUGGCUGCAGAGAGCUUGGGAGGAUUAAACAGAGGCCAGGGGUGAUCUUCAGGCACAGCGAGAAGAGACUGAACCUCUCCAGAGCUGGGAGCAGGAGAGAACUGCAAUAAACAGGACAAGCAAUUCAGGCAAAAUCAGCACAUCCCAAAUAGAUCCUCAGUAGCCAAGUAAAGAGGAUGACACUCCUUUAUUAGCAGGAGCUGCUCUCUUGACCUCUCCACAGGUUACUAUGCUGCCUUUCUGGGGUUAUUUUGCACAUUUCUUUGUGUUUUUUUCCUUGAAAAAUGUUUGUGUGAUUGGUUUUUGGUUGGGUUUUGUUUGUUUGUUUGUUUUUUGGGUAGGUUUUUUUUUUGUUUUUUUUUUGGUUUUUUUUUUUUUUUUUGCUUUUGAGUUAUCCCUUCAGUUUUGUGUAGGUACAAAUGAGUUUAGUUGUUGAAAACGUUAAAAUGUUAAUAUAUAUAUUUGUGGUGUAUGUAUAAGAACAUGUUUUAAACAGCUGCUGUAGGGUACCUUUUUGAAAAUAAACUACUUGCAUAGUAUAUUUUUUAAAGCACAGAGUUGGUGCCAAGACUGGGUGGGGUGUGAUGUGCCCCUUUUUUAUUCUAAUGUUCUAUGACUUUUUUUCAACGUAGGGGUUUGUACUGGUUUCUGUUCCAGGGUGGGACACAAAAAUCAGUGUGUGUGGAGCCCUACUUGGUUGCCUUCAACUUGAACCAGUGUCUUCCAGCACUGCAGGGAAGUAGCUGUGUUCUCCCUACUUCUAAUGCUCUUUGUGCUCCCUCAUUUCCAUCUCUCCUCACUUCACCAGGACAUUACUUUGUACCCUUUAAAAUUCUUUCUAUUUUAUGACUGUAGAUAAUACUCAGUAACCUAAUAAACUUUAUUAAAUAUUA